CUAUAUACAGACACAUGAAGUUGGAGAUCGUGAUCGAGUCGAUGUUGCUUGCCAAGUAGGAACGGAGCCCGUCACCAGGACCUUCGACUCCUUCUCACUGCCGCCAUGGUUUGAUCGCCGGCAUGUUCGCAGCCCAUUUUGCAGAUCGUUCUUUACGUGGUCAAGUGUGCAUACCUUGCGCGAGGCUCACCUAGGCAAGAUCUCGAUACAGACCACGAGGUGUCACUAAUUAAGGGCAAACUUACUUGCGCAUCUAUAUAUUGUUGCCAAACUUCAAGCUCUUCAAAAUUUUACUUCAAACCGUCCCCCAGGCGCUCGCAAGUUUAGGAAGAUCGAAGCUCCCCCGGAACUCAGCUCCGCAGGUCGCUACACCGACAAACAGCUAAGCUUUUUCGUUCAAUCGCAUCGAUCAAAUCAUCGGGCUCGCAGCCCUUGGUGAUCGACUUGCUGCUGCAUUGGGGAGGGAUGCACGUAGGGCAUGAUCGAAUGGAGCCGACACCAUGGAAUUCUUGCUGCUGCACAUGGACAUUGCAAACAGGAUGUGACCAUUUUGCUAGAGGUAGUACCUGCAGCAAACGUGGCCAACAAGCAUGAGCAUGAUGACGGAUGGAACCACGGGCGGGAAGAGCGUUCUGGGGUUUCGCAAAGCAAACGGGCUGAGUGUUCUUUAUCUUUUAAAACGCAUUUUGAACGAAGUCGGGAAGGAAUCAAGAUUCUGUUCCCAUUGCCGCCCAUGACCUCAUCGCCCACGCCGCGCUUGUUUCACUCACUAUGCUGGUUCCCCACAAACCCCGAAGAGGCUGCCGGACAACGCGGCCGACCAAUGAUCGGAUGUAUUGCGCUGUUGCUCUCUGCCUCAACCCGGCAUGAUGGGUCUCGCGGCACUUGGAGGGCAUCUGACCGGUGUCUACACUUCGCUAGGUGGCACAGAGGAACCCUGAACUCGAAGGGUCCCAGCCAGCCUGGUCUCGCUUGAUAUCAUCAACAAGGCUACUCAAUAGUUGACAUUAGCCUGGGCUUGCGCACAACCCAUCAGAGUUCGCCAUUUGGGUACUGUGACACGAAGGUUGAUGAAUGUUGCUGACGGUGCUUGAGCCGCUAAUAUUUUCACAGCAUUGACCGACAACGGUCGAUUCAUGAAGCUGUGUCCCC